GUGUUACCUGGUCGUCUGUCAAAUGCAACUCCCGUCGAAUAUGCUAAUAUCCUUGGUCGUAUUUAUUCGAAAGUUUUAGCGUAUCUAAUCGAUUCUAGUCGAUCUAAUUCGUUUUUUUUUUAAAUUAAACAUAAAUUCGUUAAAUAUUUCCUUGACGUAUUCUUCUAUAAUGAUUUGUUUACUCCCAAAAAAAUUCCCAAAGCAAAAUUGUCUUUCGAAUUUGCUGACACGAUUUCAACCUCUGACUUUUAUACAAAAUUAUGGAUAUGCUGAUCAUGUUAGCCUGAAGGAAGGGCCUACUGCUAUUUUGAAGGACAAAGUAGCGAGGGGAGAGUUAAUGAAAGAUGAUCACCAGAUAAAAGUUUGCGAGACUUUGCAAGCUAUUUACGAAGAAAUAAAUGGGUACAAACCAGAAGAAUCCGGUCUGUUGGACAAAUGGAUCGGUAGAAAGAGGAGACAACCGCCGAAAGGAUUGUAUCUUUAUGGAGCUGUUGGUGGAGGUAAAACAAUGUUGAUGGAUCUUUUCUAUGAUUGCUGCCAGAUUGAGAACAAAAAAAGAGUUCAUUUUCAUGCUUUCAUGGCGGACGUUCAUAAUAAAGUGCACGAAGUGAAGAAGACUAUUGUAAGGGAUGUUAGCUCUACAAAGCUUCAACCAUUCGAUCCGAUACCACCAGUUGCCAGAAGCAUUACUGAAGAAGCUUGGCUACUUUGUUUUGACGAAUUUCAGGUAACUGAUAUUGCAGAUGCAAUGAUAUUGAAACGAUUAUUUACCGAACUGUUUAGCAAUGGUGUAAUUGUAAUUGCAACGAGUAAUAGAGCGCCAGAUGACUUAUAUAAGAAUGGAUUGCAAAGAGGAAAUUUUGUUCCAUUUAUACAGAUAUUGAAAAAUUAUUGCAUUGUAAAUUCCUUAGAUUCGGGUAUAGAUUAUAGAUUACAAACUGGACUUAGUGAUGAAAAAAUUUAUUUCAUUAAAGGGCAAGACGUAACGAAUGAUGUAGAUAAAGUGUUCAAGUAUUUAUGCUCGAAGGAAAAUGAUAUUGUGAGAGCACGUACCAUUUGUAUAAGAGGUCGCAAUGUUACUUUUCACAAGACUUGUGGACAAGUUCUGGACUCCACUUUUGAAGAAUUAUGUGAUAGACCACUAGGUGCUAGUGAUUAUCUAGAAUUGAGUCAAGUAUUUCACACUGUUAUUAUAAGAGAUGUACCACAAUUAGACCUUCGACUUAAAUCUCAAACUAGAAGAUUUAUUACAUUAAUAGAUACAUUAUAUGAUAAUAAGGUACGAGUUGUUAUAUCUGCAGCUGUGGCGCAUACAAAAUUGUUUGUAGCAGAAGGUGAUAGUGAUUAUACAGAUGAGAAAAGAAUGUUAAUGGAUGAUUUAAAAAUAUCACAUGGUUCUGACGAUCAUAAAUCCAAUCUUUUUACUGGAGAAGAAGAACUGUUCGCUUUCGACCGUACAAUAUCGCGUCUGUCGGAAAUGCAAACUGCGCAAUAUUGGGAUCAAUGGCAACAUCAUAGAUAAUACUGAUUCAGAGUAGCACAAAUUUUAAUAGUUCCUUUUUCUAGUACAUCCAUCUAAGUCAAUAAAUUAUAAACCCUUAGUGAAAUGUCCUUGAACAGAGUACAUACAAUCAAGUAUUAAUAUUAAUACGAUAAUUUUUUCAGCCAUGGUACUUGAAAUUUAUGCAGUGUUCCAAAGAACUUAAAGUAUUUAUAUUAUUUACUUCUGUUUUAAUAUUUAUUUAUUUAUUUUAAUAUCGAAUGAUGUAUAAUGUACAGCAAUAAAGAAAAAUAAACAAUA